CUCUUAAUCAAAUUAAGAUACCUUAUGUAUGGUGCUGCAUUUUCGAUAUUUCAAUUCAACUCUCAAUCUUUGAUUCGUUAUUGAUUCGUUCCUUUUAGAUUUUGUCACCUCUCCCCACAGGACAAUUUGACUAAACUGCGACUGCGGAGAAAAUGGCCGCGAAUUGAAGUGGAAUGUAAUUGUUAGGCAGUUUUCCCCUUAAUUUCUUCGCGGCCGUGUCCUUAUGAGGAUUUUGUUCACCAUAUGUUACGAGAUAUCGGCUAGUUUCUGCUGAGCUGUGGUUGUUACAACUCGAGGCUUUCCAAUCAUGUCUUCCGGUGAGAAACUUCCUAAAGGCAAGGGCAAGAAAGCUGCCCCGAAAGCUAGUUCCACUAAAGGUAAAGAACCUCAGCUGAACGACCGUCGAUUCCGAGGAGAAGGCGUAAAAUUCAAGUGCAAACUUGUAGGCACAGCAGAUGUGAACAACGCAAGAGGUGAUGCAAUGUGUGCAGAGGUCAUCAACAAUUUAAAGGUGCAAGCCUUAAAGAUGAAUAAAGAAAGUGGGGAGCACAAGCAGAAAAUAAUACUCUAUACUUCUUUGAAAGGAAUCAGGAUUGUGGAUGAGAAGACUCUGAAAGUGCAGCAUGAACAUCCCAUCAAUAAAAUAUCAUUUAUCACUCAUGACCCAGAAGAUAAGAAAGUAUUUGGAUAUGUGUGCAGUCAGCCAUGUACCACUGGACAUAAACUUUAUGCGAUUAAGGCUGAAAAACCUGCAGGGACUAUCACUGGUACUUUGUAUGAAUUGUUUCAAGUUGUAUUCAAACUUCGACAAGAGGCUGGAUUAACAAAGAAGGCACCAGACAAUUCUUCUCAGGUUUCAAAUGGUCCAAGUUCACAAGAAGGAAUUUAUGAGGUGCCUUAUAAAAAUGGUAAAAACAAACAAGCCACACCCAGUGCACAAGCUGAUCAUGAAUAUGAAACAGUGGCCUCACCAGUGAAUAAAGUUGAUCCACAUUAUAAAGUUCCAAGGACUCCACCUGUUCAGUCAAAACUUCUAGAACCUCCCUCUGAAAGUUACAGAGAGGAACCUGAGACAGCACAGACUGCACCCUCAACAGGUUUCCCAGCUUCCUUUUCUCUUCCCAGUUCAGCAUUCACAAAUAAGGAUCCUGAUCAAGUUUCACAGGUAUCUGUGGAGUCACCAUUUCCUGCCCAUGAUGGCACCAGUGCUGACUUGGCUUUCUUCGGCUCGUCUGUGUUUGAUCAUGCUGUGGGUGAAUCAGGAGCAGCAGACACAGUAUCUGUGGCAUCAGCUGAUAUGUCAGUGGUGAGAAGUGGUUCAGUGUCAUCCGGGUCAUCAGAGACACAUUCUCAGCACACCAAGAGUGGACAUUCAAGGAGUGGUUCUUUGUUGAAUCAAAUGGGUCCCAAUGAAGGAUUUCAAGCUGAAUUUGCAACUGCCUUUGAGGAUACAAAUGUAUGGACACCUUCCUUUGGUAACAAUGAUGGACAGGGAGAAGAUGAGUCACCAGAAAGUAAAAGACUUGAAAACAAACCAGCUCCUGUCCCUCCUUUUACUGAUACCAAGAGAGAAGAACAAUUUGAAAUGCAAUCAGCUUUGGAGACAUCAGCUGGUUUAGAAAGCAGUUCUGACCCUUUUGCACCAUCAAAUGGGUCCACAAGACUGAAUGAAAUAACCCAGUCUCCCAGUGAAAACUUGUUCACCGAGUCAUUUGCAACAUUUGAUGCAUCAUUUGAUAAAGCUGAAGUGAAAAGUGAUAAAGAGAACCCCUCCUCUUAUGACCCCUUUGCUGCCUCAAGUGGUCCUCAAGAAAAGGACACUGCCUUUGGAAGUGCAGAGGGAUUUGUCUCAGAAAGCAGUUUUGAUACAGCUUCAAGUUCUGGUCAGUUUACUCCACAACAAAACAACCCUGCCAUCGUCAAAGAUCACAGCCAGGAAGACAAUGGUGAUGAGAAAACAGUUGAGUCUGAGAGCUCAGGUAAGACUGUUGAAAAGGCAGCUGUGAGUUUCUCAUGGGACAAUACAUUUGGAGAUAGAAACACAACUUCUCAAGCCGAAACAACUCAGAGCACCACUACAACACAGGGGCAGUUCUCUUGGAUGGAAAGUUUUACUUCUGAGGAUGUUGAAACUUUGCCAAAAGCUGAUCCUAAAACUUCAACAGGAGUUUCUUGGGAUGAUGCCUUUGGUGGAGCUGUUGCAGCUGAAAAAGAAUCUUUGAACCAAGCAAAGGAUGCUUUCUCUUGGGAUGAUGCCUUUGGUAAAAUUGGUGCAGAUGGUAGCAAUGAGCAAUUUGACCCAUCACCAUUUGGUGAUCCUUUUUGUGCAUCAUCAACAGUGGAGUCUAGUAGUGAUCCAAUUGAUGAGUUACAACAAAGUGAUCAGCCAGCAUCACAACAUGCUAAACUUGAUAAUCUUGAGUCAGGUGGCUCAGUGUCUAUUGUACAACCAGGGUCACAAGCUGAUGUUCCUCCUGAUGAAGCACUUCCAACUCUGGCAUCCAAAUCUGAAAGCGACACAUUUGUCUCAGAUACUUGGGGAUCUGGUGAUCAAUCUGAAGAUCUGUGUGAAGAGCUGAAGAUUGCUUUUCCAGGACCAGACACCAAGAAGGAGAAGGCAGACAUGAAGGAAAGUGAUGAAAACUCAGAGCCUGAAAUCAGUAAUCUAAGUGAAAAUGUUUUAUUUGGUGCAGAAAAUGCAUCAAGUGAAUUGCCGGCUGGUGAAAAUAAGGACUCAACUAAUGAUAUGAAUCAAAUGGACGAUGCACUUACCUUUGCAAAUGAAGAAUCUCCAUCCUCAGAUUCCAAAGAGGAAGUGGUCAAGAAAGAAAAAUAUGGAAAUUCAGAGGGACAACCUUCAGAGCUCCAUAUCCAGGAAUCAAGUUUUUCAAUCUCCCAACGUUCCACUUCUCCAACUGCCCCUCCCCCUCUUCCACCACGCCCUGUAAUAUCAGCCCCUCCCCCUCCUCUCCCAGCCAGACCUGCAAGUUCCAACUCAACCUUGUCACCUGGAACGUCCCCUAUUAGUCCCCAGACAUCCACAGGGUCACCAGGGUCAAACUCUCCACAUCAAGGGAAGAAGGGAAGUGCAAAGAAAACCCCUCCUGCCUUGCCACCUAGAGUAGAUUUGAAUGAGAAAUUGCAUAACAGUUCUUCAAAUAAAAAAGAGGCAUUUCCAGAUCCAUUUGGUGGGGAUGUAUUUGAUCAGAAGUUUAAUGAUAACAAAGUGAUAACUCAAGAUGGCUCUUCUGAUUGGGCCACAUCAUGGCCUAAUUCACAAAAAGUUUCUUCUGGGGAGAAAGGCAAAGACCUUUCUGAUCCUUUCAGUGAAGACUUUUUCACAAACUUUGACUUUCCUCAAAAGUCAAGUGGCACAACUGUUGAUCCUUUUGCUUCAACAAAACCAUCCUCGGGACUAUUUCCAUCAGAAUUUGGAGAAGAGGAAGGUGAAUUUGAUGGUGGAGAUCCUUUUAAAAAUGACUCUUUUGCAGCAUUUUCUGCAGCUGAUCCUUUCAGUGAUGUAAGUGACCCCUUUGCAGACAAAGGAGUUUUAGGUGAAGAUCCAUUUAGUGACAGUCCACGAAAGCCACAAUCCGGAAAUGCUUUUACCCUUGAGAGCUUGGUGGCAUCCGAUGAAGCAGAUUCUUUUGCCUGAGAAAGAUCACAGUGACAAGAUACCAAGUACCAUUACAAGUAAAGAUCAUGGAUAUUUUUUCUGAGAGAUGUGAUGUUUGUAUAUGGAUUAGAUUAAUUACUUAAUCUGCAGUAAUAAAUGCAGAUAAUAUUUUAUCUUUAAUAUCAGGGUAAUAAGAUUAUUAAGCUAAAGAUGUAACAUAGUAUUAACAUCUAAAGAUGAAUAAUCUGGGUGUGGAACUUUGGUACUGAAAAUGCAUUUCUAGUAAUCUAUGAGCAAUCUCUUUCCAGUAACUGAAUGUCAAAGACUCGCACAAUUUUAAUUUCUUUUGUUCAUGACAUGCACCAACCACAUUUAGUACACUGUAUGACAAAAACAAUAGUUUGAUCGAUCCAUUAAUGCAUUAGAACCAUGUUUAGAAACUUACCAGUAAUGGAAAGCAAUAAUGUUGUUAUCAGCUAACAACAUUUAAAAGUUAUCACAAGUUUAUUGUGCAAAUAACACACAAAACUAAGCUUACUUAUUGUGUUGACAACAUAUACGCUGGUUUGAUAACAACUAUUUUGAGAUAAGCUUACAAUUUACAAGAAAUUAUCUUGUUGUUAUGAGGGAACAUGACUGUUAAGGUCAUGUGUGAAGAUGGUUGAGAACUAAAGCUGAAAAUUAAAAAUUGAUGUAACAGGAAUACUUCGUAUCUAAAUGUUAACAAGAAAGUCAAUCACUCUAUAGAGAACAGCAAAAUUAUUCUACAGUUUUGUAUGCUUGCCUCUGCUUACUGCAAAGUGUAACUAGAAUUCUGACAUUUUAUUUACUUCUUCAUUUUAUUUACCUGUCUUAGUAAUGAUAUGCUGAAUAUUCUGAUCAGUAAUAAAAAAAGAUACAACAAUGGUCACUUUGUUGGCUAGAAUGUAUUUUGCAGACAUCCCUCUUGGAGUUAACCCAAAAAUAUUUUUUUGAUUUUUUUUUAGUUAGAAUUAAUUAUCAUUGCUGUAAUUAAAAGUGUUUGCUAAUAAAGUGUAUGACUGUCAUAUUAA